AUGUCGAAAAUUUUCGAGCCCGCCCCCGAACCCGCCACCGAGCUCGGCCGCUACCGCAUCCUCUCCUCAACAGCAGGUAUUCGCGUCUCACCCCUCCAGCUAGGCGCAAUGUCCAUCGGCGACGCAUGGUCCAGCUUCAUGGGCUCAAUGGACAAAGAAUCCUCCUUCAAGCUCCUAGACGCCUUCGUCGCAGCCGGUGGCAACUUCAUCGACACAGCGAAUAGCUACCAAGAUGAACAAUCCGAGACAUGGCUCGGCGAAUGGAUGGCAGCCCGCAACAACCGCGAGCAAAUGGUUAUUGCAACCAAGUUCACAACUGACUAUAAGUCACACGCCCUGGGCAAAGGUCACGCUCCGAAUUCCUGCGGUAACCACCGCCGCAGUCUGAAUAUCUCGCUCCGUGACUCGCUGCGGAAGCUGCAGACGGAUUAUAUUGAUAUUCUUUACCUACAUUGGUGGGAUCACACAACCUCUAUCAAGGAGGUGAUGGAUAGUCUGCAUAUGCUGGUUCAAUCGGGUAAGGUGUUGUAUCUGGGUAUCUCCGACUCGCCGGCGUGGGUGGUUAGUGCGGCGAAUACGUACGCGGUUGAGCAGGGCAAGACGCCUUUUAGUAUUUACCAAGGUCGGUGGAAUGUCAUGCUGCGCGACUUUGAGCGGGAUAUUAUUCCUAUGGCGCGGCAUUUCGGUAUGGCGCUUGCGCCCUGGGAUGCUAUUGGCAGCGGCAAGUUCCAAACGAAGAAAUCUCUGGAGGAGAGGAGAAGGAAGGGGGAAGGGCUGCGCAGUAUGAUGGGCGAUGGAUCGCAGACGGAGGAUGAGGUCCGUAUGAGCGAGGCUCUUGCCAAGGUUGCUGAAGAGCAUGGUAUUGAGUCGGUCACUGCUAUUGCGCUUGCGUAUGUGAUGGCUAAAGCACCGAAUGUGUUUCCCUUGGUUGGUGGUCGCAAGGUUGAAUAUCUGCAUGAUAAUAUUCAGGCGUUGAAGAUCAAAUUGUCGCGGGAGCAGAUUGAGUACUUGGAAAGCGUUAGGCCGUUUGAGAUUGGGUUUCCUAAUAAUUUUAUUGGGGUUGAUCCUAGGGAGACGGGGCGUGCGAUUGGAUUGUUGGCGGCGAAUGCGCCGCUUGCUUUUGUUGAGGCUCCGAAGCCUAUUGCUCCAGCAUGA